AUGGCGGGCGCCUCUCUCUUGCACGCUCUGCUGAAAUACCCGCAUUUGGACGUCCACAUCUUCGAGUCAGCCGCCGAGUUCAGAGAAGCCGGUGCCGCUGUCGGUGUUGCUCGGAACGGUCUUGCCGCGCUGAACCUCAUCGGCGCCUCGGCCGGCCAAUGCCUAGAGCGUGCCGGCGCAGUCUCGCAGCGGGGUGUUCGCUUCCUGCUUGCUGAAGGCGGGGAACGGAACAAGCUCAUUGACGAGGCAAGAGACGAUAGCGGCAAGGCUCUGGUGAGCAUUGUGCAUCGGGCCGUGUUAUUGCGGGAGUUGCUCGACGGCGUUCCUCCAGAGCGUCUGCAUGCGUCCAAGAAGCUAGACCGAGUCGAAAGAGCAGGCGAUGAUGGGCCUGUCAUGCUCCAUUUCACGGACGGGACUACGCAUGAGUGCGACAUCCUUGUUGGCGCUGACGGAAUUCAUAGUACGGUGCGUAGGAUCGUGCUCGGAGAGGGGGACCCCGCUGCGUAUCCGAGGAAUGCUGGCUGGUGGGCGGUCAUGGCCUUGAAGCCGUACGCAGAUGCCCGGGCUAGUCUUGGUGAGGGCCCUGUCGAUAUCGAUGACGCGCGCGAACACAUGUGGGUUGGCGAUGGCACGUAUCUGAUGCAUAAUAUCUUGAACCGGGGGCAGCUGGUGCAGGUUAUCAUUUCCGCCUAUGAGAAGGGGGCCGAGGCAUCAGAUAAGUGGCAUCGAAUUGUGAGCGCGGAGGAGAUAACGAAGCUCUACCAAAGCUGGCCGUCGCAUUUGAAAAAGGCAGUAAAUGAACUACUGUGUGAUCAGCCCGAGCAGCCAGCCAUAUACCUAUGGGAUCACCCACCUGCCCGUACGUACGUAGCCGGGCCAAUAUGCAUCAUGGGAGACGCCGCCCAUGCCACGACACCAUGGCAAGGCUCUGGCUGCGGCAUGUCCUUCGAGGACAGUCUUAUCCUCUCCACCUUGCUCGGCCGCUCAACGACUCCCGCCGAAUCCCUCGUGGCUUUACAGAUAUACGACCAGGUACGCCGUCCACGCACCCAACGUAUCGUGGAAUCGAGUCGGGGCACUGGACUCAUGCUGGUUGGGAAAGGGGAGGUGACAGGGCUGGAUUUGGAAAAGCUAAGGCAGGAUUUACUGCCGAGGUGGGAUUUUAUCAUCGAUUUUGACAAUGGCAAGGCUCGUGACGAGGCGGUUGAGAUGAUGGUUGCCGCGUUGGCAAAACUAUACUGA